GCGGCAUGAUACGAUGGUCAGUGUUUAAAAGUGAAUCAAACCGAAAAGAUCAGAGUUCCGUUUAAUGUGAAUAGCGCACGCACCUCUUUCUAAAAUGUUAAUUGAUAAAGCGAGAGUCAUUUCCGAUUAUGGAUCUUUCGGCGGUCAAAGGAAAAGCUUAUUUUCCAUUUUUGCCGUCUCCUUUUUGUACGUGCUAGUGGUCGUUUUGUUCGUUUUUAACUUUCUUAUCAUAACUAAGGUAAAAGUGUUGGAAAACGAAGUGGAAACUCUCAAACAAACCCUUUAUAGCGUGAAACUGUUCGAUGAUAAUCUGAUGAAGGAUUUGAUUGGGUUUGAGGAUGAAGAAGAUUUUGAAGAAUACGACAUUGAAGACGAGCCUCAAGUAGUAGUGCCCUACGAAUACGAUUCGGAUCCGAUCGUCCAAUACGACAUUAACGACUUUAUUCCCGACAACGACACCAUCAUAGCCCAUAAAAAUUACUUUGCAAAAUUGAUGCAAAAACUUAAUUGGACAGUUCCCAGCGAUGACAAGUACCAGUCCGCUGCCAAUCUGACAAAAGAUGCAUCAUCACCGCAGAGAUCUAAAAGAAGUGUUAUAGCAGCUACUGAUGAUGGUGUUAUUAUAAACAGUGAGUCUUAUGCUGAAAGGAGAGCAAAGAAUCUGAGUUCAAGAUAUACACUUAAAGGAGGAUCAGUUACACAAUAUCCUGCCAGACCAUCAUCCAUAGGGUCUCCUUGGCCUGUGUAUCCGUAUCCUUAUGCUUCAACGCCUUCCUAUAAUAAAGCCAGCAGAUCUAAUACCAAACGGACAACGAAAACUCCCAAUGUAUUCUCAAGACGGUCAAGGGUAAAACACCAUGAGGAUGGCAACCGCCCUUUCAAGAGGGUCGUGAAGGUAUCGAACUUGAAGCAAAUGGGAUCUUAUCUGGACUCAUAUGAAGAAUCAUCCACAUCUAGCCCAGACUUUACAAUUGUUAGAGACACAGGCUUCACUAAAAGAAGACGACCCCUCAAACCUUUAGCAUCUGUCCAUUUUAACGGCGAUACUUCAAGCUAUGUGUAUGGUCAACAUUCUAAUUAUUUGGGAAAUGGUCAUCUAAGACAUCCUCAGAGUCGAUUCAUAGACUGGAAGGCAGCUAAUUGGGUACAUUCUUUGGGAAUGGACUCUCACUUCACCUUAAACAACGGAUAUCUUACUAUUAAAGACUCUGGACUGUAUUUGGUCUAUUCCCAAGUUUACUAUCUGGACGAGCACGAUGUUACUGGCUACAGAGUUCUUAAGAACGACCAAAUGAUCUUCCAAUGCACCAACACCAUCCACUCCGCAGAGAGAAAACUCAAAGGCCACACAUGCUUCACAGGGGGUGUGGAACACUUCUCAGCUAAUGAUAAACUCUCCAUUGAAGACAUAACCGAAGGAAUGCUUUCAAAGUUCGAAACUGGCAAAUCCUUCUUUGGCGUCAUCAAGUUGGGGGACGCGAGAGUUUAAUUCAUUAAGUGUUUAAAUGUAUAGUUCCUAUCAAGAUAUUUGAGAGAUCCUGAAUCUUAAGAUUGUUACAAAGUCAUUUGUAUUUGAAUAAAGUGGUUAAGUUUCCGGUAAAGGGAGAACGUAAUCUCUCUAUUGUAGGUACUAUCUACCCAAAGUCAAUUGAAAAUUGAAAUUUUACGAGGAGGUUCAAAUAUAUUAUUUAACAGAUCUGUUUUACUGCACGAAGCACUGAACGCAACGUAACCACACGUAACCAAGCUAUGCACGAUAUUAUCGUAAUUAUUCUCGUUGCACGGAUUGAGGUGCAGCGAUAAUACGAGGAUCUUCUAACAGUUUGGUUACGUUGCGUAAAGCGCUUCUUGCAGUAAAACAGAUCUGUUGAGUAAUAUUAUAUUUGAACCUACUCGUAAAAUUUCAAUUUUUAAUUGAUUUUGGAUAGACAGUACUUUGAAUUAUUAUAUACACCUCCUAUUCAGUAUAUUUACCUCUCUAAAUUUAAUGAUGCUACUCAAAUACAAAUGACUUUGUAAUAAGAUUAAGAUACGGUUUUAUCAACUAAUUUGUUGGGAAGUAUAUUGUUUCAUUUUGUUAUUUUGUUCAUGUUUUGUGAUUACUAAUGGUUGUUUCUUAGAUGUCAUGAAUUGACACAAGUUCGUGGUAAGAAUAAACCAGGUUUUACUUAAUAGUUCUGGCAUUAUAGGCCAUGCAAGACAUUUGUCUUGUUCGUAUUAUUCUCUUAGAGUCGUAGUUUUUUAGUUAUUAGUUUUGUUCUUGUUCGUUUCGUUUCUUAGAUUCUUAGUAUUGUUCUUAUAUAUCGUAUUAUAUCCAGUAGUUGUAGUUGAAUCGGCCCAGACAAUUUCUUCCCUCUGGUUUGCACUGCUUUAAGUUUUUGUGUACAUGACUAAAAAAAUUUUAUUCAUAAAAGAACAAAACUUAUCAUCUGAUUAUUGAUGGAUCAAGUAUUUAAAAUUCUUUUGAUCUUGAAUUGUUUUGAUUUAGUUUUUAGUUCGUCAACUAGGAUGAUUACUAUGUUCUUUCGUGCUUUUUUUUGUUAUAUCUAGUAAUCUCGGUUCCAUGGCAUCUCGUGACGCGACAUUUCGUAACCGUACAAAUGGUAACGGCUAACUCGUAACGGCUAACUCGUAACGACGACAAUUCGUAACUAUACAAAUUCGUAACGGUACAAUUCAUAACGUCAAAAUUGAAUUAUUCUGUUUAUUUUUGGUAACAUGGAAACUAACUAUUAUUAGUUAUACAUAAUUGAAAUUAUGUUUAUCAAUUUAAUGAAUCAGCAUCAGGAUAAACAUUUUUAACAUAUUUCAUAUUGCGUGUUAUAUAUUAAAAGUAUUUAAACACAAACAAAUAUUUAAAUACUUACCAACUUUUAACAAUAUUUUUGCAUAUUUUGGAAAAGCAAAAGGAACAAGAAGAGGGAUAAACUUUUAAAAGUAUUUUUAAAAGUUUGUAUGUAAGUAUUUAAAUGUUUGUUUGCGUUUAAAUACUUUUAAUAUAAUUCUGAAACACGAAAUAUGAAAGAUGUUUCAUAUUUCAAGGAGAAAAUUUAAAAAUCUUUAUCCUGAUGCUGAUUCGUUAAAUUGACAAGUAUAAUCUCAAUUAUAACUGUAAUAACAGUUAGUUUCCCCGUUAACAAAAAUAAACAGAAUAAUUCAAUUUUGACGUUACGAAUUGUAAACUUACAAAUUUGUAUAGUUACGAACUGCCACAGUUACGAACUGUUGCCGUUACGAGUUGACCGUUACCAUUUGUGCAGUUACGAACUGUCGCAUUACGAGAUGUCUGGUCACGAUUAAUCUCACCAGUUGCUCGUUUUUUUUUCAAAUUUUUUCAGUGAGUUAUGCCAUAAUGUUUUGAUAUUUAGUUCAGUCAAUGCCCAGAUCAUCUGACCACAUUACCAGUGCCAUAAUAACUAUUUAUAAGUUUGUAAAUAUAACAGUGCCAUAAUAUAAUUUAUAUUUUUAUGUGAUAAAAAGAAAUUUUUUAUCAUUAUUUUGCUACCAGUUUAGUAGAGGAUUCUAUGUAAGCUCGAACUGCACCGAUCUGUUUAAUGGAUAAAAAUUAUUUGAUUAUUUAGUAUGCUACCAAUGAUAAAAAACAAGGGGUGUCCGAUAUAAUCUUGUUCUGAUUUUAAUUAAUUAAUAAUUAAAAAUUACUGUUUUUUUAGAAAUAAAAAAAAAUUCGGCACCGGCAGAUAUUAUUUUAGAUUUUUGGCAUCAUUCGAAACAAAAAAGGUCUUUUGUAAUUUUACUCUUUUAAGCUGAUCGUUUUCGAGUUAUAAACAAUCUAAAACUAAAAAAAGAGAUAUGACGAUUUUCAAGGCUCAAAAACAAAAGUAAAAAAUAUUAUUUUUGUAAUCAUCAAGUACUUAAAUUCAAGUUUAAACCUUCUUCUAUCAGGUCCCGAUAACAGCUUUUGCCAUAUAAUAUUUUAAAAUAUAUUUUUUUACUUUUUAAUGAGGAAGCUUCCUUAUGGGAAGACGGCCGAUCAGGGCCGGAUGGGAAGACGGUAUUAACAACUAAAAAAUAAUAUAUUAAAAUGAAAUGAGUCCAAAAUACUGAUCAAGAUAGAAUCAAUAGAAUAAUGUUUGAACUUGAACUUAGGUACUUCGUAAUUUCAAAAAUGAUAUUUUUACUUAUGUUUGUGAGCCUCGAAAAUCGUCAUCUUUCGUUGUUUUCUCAAUUUUAAAUUCUUUAUAACUCGAUCACGGUCAACUUAAGAGAAAAAAUACAAAAGACCUUUUUUGCUUCGAAUGAUCUAAAAAAUCUAAAAUAAUACCUGUCCGAGCCGAAUUUUUUUUAAUUAAUAAAACAAGUCAUUUUUUAAUUUUAUUAUUAAUUAAUUAUAGUCAGAACAAAAUUAUAUCGAGCACCCCCUGUUUUUUAUAAUUGUUAACAUACUAAAAAAUUACAUAUCAAAUAAUUUUUAUCCAUUAAACAGAUCGGUGCAGUUCGACCAUAUAUAGAACCUAAAGGCGCGUAUCCACUAUGUUCGCGAACCUCUUGCGCCCGCGCUCCCUGCAUCACCUCUACUAUAAACCGCCACCGAUUGAAGCGCCGAGCCGGAGCGCACACUGUUGUACUAUGUAGAGCAGUUGCAGGAGCGCGGAGCACAAAGGAGCGCGAACAUAGUGGAUACUUACUUUAGAGUAGUUAAUAAACUAGUGUUUUUCCUGCUUCAGUUGGUCAUUUGAUCUGUUUAGAAUCUUAAAUUUUCAAACUGCAAUUGCAAAAGAAACAAACCUGCAAAAUCAGUGGAAGAAGUAACUAGCUUAUUGUUUAUUUUAAUAAAUAAUACCAAUGACUAGUUUUAUAAUAGGCCAAAAUGUGUACCUUAAUUUAUAAUCCUAUGAUAGGUGCCAUAUUUAUCAAAGCUUUAUCUUUAUAUGUUAUAAUGUUCUAUCCUAAAGUGGAUUUUUAAUGUUUAAAAGAAAAAUACGUUUAUAUUUUUGUAGUAUAGUAAUAUAUUACUAUUAAACAUA